AUGCCAAGCUUAUUGAAGGCUGACAAGCAAAAUCUUUACAUGUACACAUCAAUUAUCCUAGCUACAGCUGGGGUAUUGAUUGCUGCUGCAAAUUUCUACCUGAUCAUUAAACCUAAUGGAAGAUUCCAUAUAUCAUCACCAGCUACUUCAGCAUGGGCUGGAUUAAUCAUGCUAUAUUUAUCAGUAACAUCUUACUUUGGAUUGAAGAAAUUAUUCCUAAAUUUCCAUUCAAAUUUUGAUAACUAUCUGUACAUCUACAAAAUUCACACAAUGACUUAUAUUUUCUACAUUCAAAUAGUCAUGAUUUUGAUAUCAAUCUAUAGUUUAAUAAGGAGCUCGUUUCCUGAUUAUCAAGCAGCUGUUUUUAAUUUGUUAAACAUUAUCCCUCUUUAUUUCAACACUCAACUUAUCAAAGAGGAGGCUUUGAACAAAGUUGAUGACGAAAAGAAACCAACAGAUCCAGCUCAUCCAGAAAAAGCUAGCAGUGAUAUGGAUAACUUAAUUCAAAUAGAAGUCUAAACAAUCUCUGAACUAACAAAGGAUGCAACUUCUGUCGGGAAAACAUCCACUCUUUGGAUGAUUCUUAGCAUAAUUACACCUGCUAAGAUUCACACAAUCUUCAAUUUAGCUAUCAUCCUCACCGCUAUCCAACCCUUCUAUGAGUUUUACAUGGAACCUGCUGCAAUUAAAGGAGAGCAGUUUGUCACCAUUCAGUCUCAAGGGCAUGAUGUAAGAAUGAAGACCUACUGUACUGGGCCUGCUGUUCCAACAAAUCCAGCUAUAUUAUUUGAAGUUGGAGGAGGAUCCUCAUCAAUGGAUGUCUUUGCCUUGUAAACUAAACUUCAGAGCUAGUACACAAUAUGCUCCUAUGAUAGAGCAGGUUAUGGAAAAAGUUGGUAAGGUCCUUUCCCAGCUAGUAAUGCUAAUGUAAUGUAAUAGAUGGAUGCUACCAUGAGAAAGGUCAACUUCCCAGUUGAUUAACCCAAAUCUGUAAUUUGUAUUGGUCAUUCUGUGGGAGGGCAAAUCUGUAGAUACUACGCGAAUCAUCAUCCUUCAAUCAAAGGAGUAAUACUUCUAGAUUCAGUCCCAGUCGAAAAUUGGUUUUAAAUAGUAGGUGAAGCAUCAGGACAGACAGAUCUUGAAAUUGAUAAAGAUCAGUAAAAUACACUUUUGAAGGUUUAAGCCAUGAGUGCUGUUUGGCCUCUGUUCAUUGGUUCACUUAUUUUUGGAUUCUAAGGCGGAAAUUAUUAACCUGAAGAAUAUGCUCACUGGCCUAAAUGGCAAAUUACUCUCGCCAAGAACUGGUAUGCCUAGAAUCUUGGAGAAAACUAUGAGGUCAAUGAAUGUGAUAUCGGAUGCAGAAAAGAUUCAAUUGUGAAGCCAGAGAAUAUGAUUGAUGUUCCUCUUGUAGCAAUUACUGCAGCUAACAACUAAUCUUCUUGUGAAGACAGAAAACUUACUGGUGAUGCUUGUAAUCAAUAUUUGUAUGGUAGAAGUGCAUCAAUAUAACUUCAUAUUGAUCAAGCUUCUCUUUCAAAGCAAUGGUCUGCAUUUGAAAUGUGCCCUGGACAAUGCAAUCAUGAUUUUGUUUGGGUUGAGACUGACUAUCUUGUCUCUAAAAUAAAUCAAUAUAUCUCAAAAAUUUGA